AUGAAAUUGGUUUCCACCUUAGCUAUAACAUCAGUGAUUGCUACACAACUUGUGUCUGCUGCACCAGCCAUAUCCGACCUUAUACCAGAUGUUGUCCUUGAAGGAUCUGCAUCUGUAUCUACGGGCUUAAAUGUUGAAACUGACGGUGCUAGUCCAUCGGUAGAUUUGUUGGCAGAUAACAGUACUACCUCUUCAAAAACUUCCUCAGCCAAGAAAAGUGGCUCCACAUCAGAUAACGAUCCCUCACUUGGUGAUUAUAUUGACUUUAUUGCCGGGGGAAGCGACUCAGAAUCAAAUGAAUCAUCAUCUGUGACAAAAACUGCGGCUGUUAAGACCAGUAGUUCGUCUUCUAUUAAAACCGGAGAAUCAACCACUACUGGCUCAUACUUUGAUAAUCUUUUUGACAAGGUGUUAGGUGAAGGCGAAUACGCUGAUUCAAAUACUUCGAGCAAGACCUCAACCACCCCAAAAUCAUCAUCCACUUCAACUGGCGGUUCGCUCCUUGAUGAUGUUGUUGAUUCUGUUUUAGGUGGCGAAGAUAGUAAUUCAACUACUACCGCUUCUACUAAAUCUUCAAGUUCUACUGGUGGAUCGCUCCUUGAUGAUAUUUUUGAUUCUGUUUUAGGUGGUGACGACAGUAAUUCAACUACUACUGCUUCUACUAAAUCUUCAAGUUCUACUGGUGGCUCGCUUUUCGAUGAUCUUUUUGAUUCAUUAUUAGGAGAUUCCAGUUCGUCAGGUUCAUCCUCUAAUAAAUCCACUAGUUCUUCAUCUGGAGGCGAUUUCUUAGAUGAUAUUAUUAGUGGAGCUAAGAAUGCUAUUGAUGAUCUUUUUGAUUCCAAUUCUACUUCUAGUUCGGGAUCUAGUUCGUCUUCAAGUUCAGAAGGUAGUCUUUUAGACGAUGUUCUUGAUAUCGCAGAAAAGUCCAUUGGAUCUUUAUUCGACAAAGGAUCUAACUCAUCUGUCUCAGGUGGAAGCUUAAUUCAUGGUGCUCUUUCAAUCGCCGAACACGCUAUUGAGUCAUUGUUCAAUAGCGAUGGCGACUCCUCGUCAAGUUCUUCAGGUGAGAGCUUUAUUGACAAAAUCUUAGGAGUUGCUGAAAAUGCCAUUGGUAAUUUCAUCGACGGCUUAGGCUCUGACUCUGGCUCUACAUCUUCUUCAGGCUCCACAUCAUCUGGUUCUGGUGGCAGUUUAUUACACGACAUCUUCGGCUUUGCUUCAAAUGCAAUCAAAUCAAUUUUCGCCAACAAUAGUUCUUCUUCGGGCUCUGGAAAAGGAUUGUUCCUGAGCAUUUUUGCAAUUGCUGAGGGAGCCCUUUCUUCGUUAUUUAGUGGUUCAUCGUCCGGGUCAUCCUCAGGCGGAGGAAGUGUUUUGGGCGAUCUUCUCAGUUCAUUCCUUGGUGUUUCCAAUUCAACUGGUAUUUCUGGCGAUGAACUUUUGAGUAAGGCAUCUGAUGCUAUCUUUAAUUCUUCUGGAUCUGGCAGCAGCUUCUUUGAAGAAAUCAUCAAGGAUUUGUUAGGAUCCGCUAAAGAUGGAGUAUCCUCCUUAUUAGGUAAUAUUGUCAACGAAUUUGUUAAUGCUUUAUUCGAUGGAACCUCAGGUUCAUCAUCUAGCACUAGUACCAGUAAGGGAAGCAGUAGCUCUUCAUUAUUUGGUGGUUCUUCUGGCUCUUCUUCUUCUGGUAAGAAGUGUUGUUGUUCACCUGCCAGCAAGAAGAGAAAGGCAAAGAAGAGAGCCUUGAAAAAGAAAAUCAAGAGAAGUAUUAAAUCCGCAAUCAAAAAGAGACAGGAAUUGACUGAUUCCCAAUACAUUGACUACGUUUAA